UAUUGGUGUGGCAGCCAGAACAUGAGGUCUGUUCCUCCCCCGAGAGCAAACUCUGAGGAGUGGGAGCAGUUAGAGAAGGAGCUCAGAGCUGGUUCCUCUCGUUAGCAGCACCUCCGGCAGCCUCUCCUCACCGUCAGCCUCUCCUCACCAUCAGCCUCUCCUCACCGUCAGCCUCUCCUCACUGGCAGCCUCUCCUCACUGGCAGCCUCUCCGACAGCCUGUCCUCCCUGGCAGCCUCUCGUCCCCGGUAGCUUCUCUUCUCCGGCAGCGUCUUGGUCUCCUCUCAUCUCUGGCAGCCUGUUGUCUGAAGAGCAGAAGAAGGAGUGAGGCGUGCAGGACAUGGACUCCUGCGCUCUGGAGCUGCUGGCCAUGCUGCUGUAUGUGGCAGCGUGGCUCUGUGUGUUAGCCUCCACCCUCAUGCCGCAGUGGCUCACCAUGUCCACUGCCCUGCUGCCGGUGGAGAGCUAUGAGCUGGGCCUGUGGGAGACCUGUGUGGUGCAGGACGUAGGGGGGAUGGAGUGCCGGGCUUACGACAGCCUGCUGGGCCUCUCCAGAGACCUGAAGCUGUCUCGCAUCCUCAUGUGUUCUUCACUGGCCGUUGGCAUGCUGGGCAUGCUGGUGGCGACGCCUGGACUCUACAUGGUGAACAGCUGCAGGGGGGGCUCCUUCCCCAAGAGGACCUUGACCACCAUUGGGGGGGUACUGGGGGUCUUCUCUGGAGUGUUGUGUCUCGUCCCAGUAUCCUACAUGGCACACUUGGCCGUCAUGCAUUUCUUCGACGACAAAGUUCCGGAUGUGGUUCCUCGGUGGGAGUUUGGAGAUGCUCUGUUCAUCGGUUGGGCAGGGGGGUUCCUGCUGGUGGUGGCUGGGCUGCUGCUGGUCUCAUCCUGCUGGUGCUCACAGGGGGGGGAAACUCAGCCAGCACUGCAGCGCAGGUACCAGGUGAUGAGCACCGACGUGUCCUUCAGGAAGCGAUCCGAGUACGUUUAGAGGAUGACGACUUAGCUGCGCCAGGACCACCCCCUGUACACCUCUAGACCUCUCGACCUGCAGACGUGUAAACCCCCACCUCAGCCUGCCUUCAGAUAAUGAUGUAAAUAUCUGGUUUAUGUCGGAGACAGCCUCCUGUAUAAAGCUGAUUUAUCACUUGUGACCGAAUGAUGUAAAAACCAGACGUUGAAAGAACUUUUUUAUAAAUGCCUCAUGUCCCCUUCACCUGCUGUGACCAGAAAACAAAUGAAUAUUUUUUUAGAGAUGUUUUAUCAAAUCUUUAUAUUCCUUAUCAUCUGAGUGACUUUAGGAUCUUUUUCUUACGAUAUUAUUUCAAUUUAAGCUUUUCAAAUGCUGUGAGUUGUUUCUAAACACAGAGAAGCAGAUGAUUCAGUGCUUGGACUCUUUGAUGGGAGUUUGCGGCUCCGAUGAUCCACAUAAAGAGUUUGUAUUCAAAUCUA